AUUAACCAAAACAAUAAAUUGCGCCAGAUCUAAUGUAAUUUAAAAAAAAUAAUUUCCUAAAGUUAAUAUGAUUAUUUAAUAAUGCCGCGUGUAAAAAUUGAUUAUAUAGUAAGUUUUAGCAGUGAAGAUAAAGAGAACCCAGCUAACAAUUUGCUAUCAUGGGAAAUUAACAAAAAGAAAUGGCUGUGUAAGGAAUGGGAGCCAUCCUGUUCCAUUGUGCUGCAGCUAGCAAAGGCUGUUCAGAUAGAGUCAGUGAACAUUGGUGUGCACCAUGCCGCUCUUGUGGAGGUGCUGGUUGGACUCUCUGAGAAACCCAAUGAUCCCUUUGAGGUGCUAGUCCCCAGCUGCGUGUUCGUGUCGGCGUCUGACAGCCGGCGCGGCGAUGGUGUGGAGCGCGUGCGCGGCUUCAGCGGCGACCAGCUCAGCGACAAGCGGGCGGGGCGCUGGGACCGCGUGCGCGUAGUGUGCUCGCAGCCUUAUAACAAGAGGGUGCAGUAUGGCCUGACAUUCGUCCACAUACACAGCAAGGAGAGCGACGGUUCGGGUCCUCAGAAAGCAGUGGACCACAAAACAAACUUGGACCCUGUAACCAAAGUCGCGGACCCCCAGGGCAAGGCCGCGGCUGGCCCCCUUUCGCGACUGCUGGGGCUGGACGCGUACUCGUCUGAUGAUGAUGACUUCCGCCCCGGUGAGCUGUUCGCGCAGAGGAACAAUAAUACAGAUGCUCAAAUCAGACAAGCGUCAUCACAGGCACUGAACAACAUAAACAAUGCUUCAACUAAACUCGUCAAAACACCCAUAGCCAAGACCAACAGACAAAGCGGGGGCCAGCCACAGACAGACAGGAAACGGGACAGUCUGUUGUAUACAGAAGACGAUGAUAGACCAAACGACAGGAUUGACAGACUCGUGCAGAACCAUCGGACGGAGCAGGAACGAGCUAAGAAGAGAAACCCUGAUAGAGAGCUAAAAGAUAGCGGUCGGGCGAAAAGAGAGAGGAUAGAGGAAGACAGGAGUAGACAUAACGACAAACCUAAGACAGAGAAAGUGAAAGACAAAGAAAAAGAUAAAACGAGUAAUGGUGAAGUGCAAAACAGGAGAAACGAGAAAGAGGGAGAUAGUAGUAACAGUAAUAAAGAUACAAAAAGAAACGAUAAGGGAGUCGACAGACGCGCAGCGACGUCGGCCGUUGUUGACACACCGAAAACUAAAACAAACGCUGGCGGUUCAGAUGUACUGGCGGGCGUGGUGUUCUCCAUCAGCGGAUACGAGCAGCCGCGGCGCGGGCGCGUGCGCGACGCCGCGCUCGCUCUCGGCGCGCGCUACGAGCCGCACGCGCUGCAGCGGUGCACGCAUCUCGUUUGCGCGUUCCCGAACACGCCGAAGCUGCGCGAGCUGCGGCGCGUGAAUCCGGGUGCGCGCGCCGUGCGGGCCGAGUGGGUGGAGCACGCCGCCGCCGCGCGCCGCAGGCCGCCUGAAGCGCCCUACGCGCCUGAUAAGACCCCGCCCCCCGCGCCUUCUUCGUCGCCGCCUCCUGUCGUGCAGUCUCCGCCUCCUGCCGCGCCGUCGCCGCCUCUCGACGUGCCGUCGUCGCCUCCUGCCGCGCCGUCGCCGCCUCUCGACGUGCCGUCGUCGCCCAAAGCCGUGACGUCACCGCCGGCAAUCAGCGACGCGGACACGGAUGAUGAAAUUGAGCGUGCGAUGCUGGCGGGAGCGGGGGCAGAAGGUGAUGAUGAUGACGGAGCGGACACGGAGCCCGACGAGCCCCCACCCAAGUGUGAUAACCCUAAGCACCUGCCCGCGCUGUUCGCGGGGCGGCAGGUAGUGUUGGAGGCGGGGCUGGGGGCGCGCACGGCGACGCAGCUCGCGCGGUACCUGCGGGCGUACGGUGCGCUCGUGCUGCAGGCGGACGAGGUUCUCGACGAGGGGUGUAUCGACUACGUGGUAAUGAGCGGUGCGGGGUGGGGGGGCGCGCCCGCCGCACGCAGAGUGCCCCCGCAGUGGGUGUGGCGCUGCCAUCGCAAACAGAAACUAUGCUCCACGGACUAGUCUCAGCUGUCUAGUCACUGGACCAUAGAGCAUAGGGCUGACCAUAGAGGACCAGAGACAAAUAAACAAUGUGAAAAUCUAGCUGUCUAAGAAAUGUUGCCCACUACUAAGAGACAAAUUAGAACAUACAGAAAGACGAAUCAGUUAUUUUAUAUCUUAUUUUCUGGACAUAGGGAUGGAUUACUUCCGAAGAAUCUCCCAAGAUAAAAAAUCUCUGAAUAAACUAUAGUCUUCUUGAUUUUAGAUUGCUCAACAGUUUAAUGGCGCAACGAAGACAACUCGACCAUACAUAUUGUGUUAACUGUUAUAUUAAUUAUAAUAAACUGUGUUUU